CUUCCUCGUUCUAAACAUGACUGCAUCAUAUCAUUCGUUCACCCCUCUCGUCCCAUGCAAAGACGCAGAGUUCAGUCUUCACCAGGGCCGCAACUAUGGCGGGCUGCAGCGCUCCGCACGGCGACCGACCCGCCCGCCAACGAGCAUCGCGCUCGACGACAACUUUGACGCACUCACAACGGAGGUGCCGACGGAAUGGAAUGUUCCCUAUCACGAAGUCGAAUACGAGGAGUCUAUCAGUGGCUACCAGAACUACGUCAACGAGAUCGAGCGCAAGAUGAGCAGCGAGGACGAGCUGCACCGCCAGGAGAUAUCCGAGAGGAACCCGGCGCCCCUGUUGCCCAGCGCUCGUACCAACGGCUAUGGCUAUCGAAACGAAAGCGAGGCGGGGUCGAAGGCGGGUGGCCGAGGUGGAAGAAAGAGUUUGGGUGGCGCAGAGAUGCCACAUAACGCAAGACGGGUGAGCGGGCGCAAGGGUAAGAUCGAGGUGUUUGAGGAGAAAGUUAUGCACGACGGGCCUGAGCGUACUAUCUCCCUCUGGCGCGAGCGUGUUGCGGAUAGCAGUCGCGGGGGCAGUCGGGUAGAUGAUGAAGGUCGUAGCGUUGCCACUAAUCACGUCCACCGUCGGAUGCCUUCAUCCCAAUCACUCCGACGUGUCGUGAGCGACGGGCCGAAGGGGAACGGGAGCGCUCAGGGCGCUCAUGGGGGGGAAGCACAGAUACAGAAGACAGCGAAAGCAACGUAUGAGCGCAGCGAGUACAUGGUGACCUAUCGCCCGAAUCCACUGGACGGCUUCCUGAUGCCGGUGCUCUCUCGAUCAGAGAGCAUUUCCACUAUUCCGUUCGCGACCAUGGAGUCACGGCCGUUCAGCCCUGAAGUGAUGCCUAAGAGCCCUACGUCACCCACCUCGCCGACCAGGAAACGGGCACAUGGAAGAACAUCCCUGGAUCGAAGCGAAUUUGUCAUGACGUACCCGCAGACACCGCCGCAGAGCGGAAGUACUGUCAGCUCGCCGAGUCCUGUUGUGCCGAAGCCCACCCAGCGCCAGUCAUCCUCGCUAAGCCGUAAAAUCUCGGGCUCCAUGGGCACAGCGGCAACCCCUGCGGACGGAGCGAAGGCAACGUCGACUUCCCCCGUCGAACUCAUUCUAGCGUCAUGCGAACCGUCUCUGUUGCACAUUGCGCCGAUUCUCUCCGAGCUCGGCAUGCAACGCAUGGAGCAUCUCAGGGCGAUCGCACGCCUCAGUGAAGACACGCGAAAUCGGGAGGUGAAGGAGUAUGCGUUGAAACGUGGGGUUACUGUCGUGGAAUGGGCGAUUCUACUCGAUAAGCUGCGUGCGCUGUAACUCACUUGGGACCGUUAUAGCAUCAGUAUGGCGCGUUGUGUCUGCAGUAGUUCCAUUGUAGGUUGCCAGAUUUAGAACGUCUCGGCACAGAAAACACUCCUUCUGUAGGUUACGAUAUGUGUAGCUUCUGAACACAUAACCGCGCGUGGAGUCUCAAUUCCACAGUCC